AUCGCACAUAGAAUCACCCAUGGCCGGAGACACCACCGACGGCGCCGCGCAUCCUCCGCCGCUUCAUGUGGACUUGUCCAAACCAUUCCAAGCACGCGUUCCAAAAUUGGUGUCUGUGCAUCCUCCUUCCAUCAACAGCACCACGUCCGAGCCAUCGUUAAGUGGCGAUGACUUCCCAGUCAACUUGCUCGCCCUCCUUCCGCCAGAUGCAUGGGAUCGGCUGAGCUUUGAGGAACAGCAAGCCCUGUUGCCAGACUUGCCGCCGUUGGAUGGAUGGUGGGACUUGUCUGGCGAUGACGCGACGGCAGAGAACCUCCGGCAGCUGUUUCGCGGCGGCAAUUUCAACUUCGGUAAUCCGUUGAUGUCGUUUUACUUUCCCAGCGAGUCCCGGACACGGGCUCGGGCCGCGGCGCGCGCGGCGUUCGACGCGCGAAAGCGCGUCUUCACCAAGCAACUGCUGCAGUCAAUCAUUCAAAAUCGAUCGCAGUGUCUCAAACAAGUGCUCCCCGCCGACGAACUGGCGCUCAACCCCGAGCUCGACAUUUCAGUGAUUCCUCCGUGUAAAGCCGCCGUCGACGACGUGGACCAUUCGUUCUUUUUGGCCAUUCGACUCGCAUUGACAGCAUCAGGGCAUGGCGUCGCCGUGGAUGCCGUCGCCGCCUACGUGGAGACCCACGCCCCGCGCACGAUUCCUCCCAUCUCAGAACGACCGCAGCACAUGCAGGUUAUCCAUUACGUCCACAGCGCGCUGCUGUUCCUGAGUCGGCCCACCACGUCCGAUCCCCCGUCACCCCAUCAAGAUGAUCUGUCAUGGAGCUUUCCAUUUGUCAACCAUGAUGUCACCACAAACACGUUUACUUGGCAGCUUGAAGGGGGGGACAAAACCGAGACAGUCCAGCGAUUGCUCUUGUUGGAGCGGCUGUUUCGCUCUCCAUUUGACCUUGUGGACCCGUCGAUGCGCCCAGUGCAGUGUGCGUUAGAACUGGCUCGAAAACGGCAUCCUGACCUUGUUGCUCUGUCAACACCGCCAUUGAAGAAACAGCUCAAAGUAACCGGUGCUGGGGACGACGCUUUUCAUGCGGCCGACCCGCCGCCGAUCGCCCCGCCUUCGCUUGUGCUCAAGCGAGCCCACCUGCCGUUGCAUCGACAGUAUCCGUUGCUUCGAGAUGCAUUUCAACCGCAAGAAUUGCAACGAUACCAGCAUCCGCACCAGCCCUUCAUCUACUUUGACGGCGACUCGGGCUUCCAAACUCUUGUGGGUCCAUGCUUUCCGCCCCUCCAAUCGGAUCGCGUCGCAUCAAACGUGUUGUUGCCGGAUGUGGCGCCGCAAGUGACCGUGCUCAACGUCGUGCGGGAUGCCGUGGCCCGUCUGCCAUGUCAAUGCGGCACCCGCGCCGACGUCUUGGCGCUUCUUCGCAUGUCCAUGUAUGUACGACGAUGUCACAGGGGGAUGUCGAGGAGACAUUGAUGAGUGAGUGAUGUGGCUGGUAGGUUUGUCAACCCUGCGACGCCCGUGGAAGACCUCGACAGCGUAAGCUCCCAUUCUUAUGACACAAUGUGUUCAAUAUUGAUCAUUGACAAGAACAAAGCAAGGAGAGAUGAAUGGAUGGAUGGUCAUGGCGAUAAAUAUGUAGGCGGUAGCCAAAGGAUUGGACACGCUAGCGUCCACCGUGCCUCCUUGCGCGUACUUUCGCUUUCACAACGAACAUCAGGCGUGGCUAUGGCACUACGCUGCGCCGCCUGCCAGUCGACCGACCUAAGCAUACAUAACACGCUCCCUCCUUGUAUCAUUGGUCUGACUUCUCCAUGUCAUGAU